UCGAACCCUUUUGCCGCACACUGUUGCUUUCAAGUGCUCACGAACAGAGAACACCGAAGAAGAAGAAGAAGAAGAAGAAGAAGAAGAAGACGAAGCAGUGAAAAAUGGAAGUGAUUCGGUCUCAGAAGCGAACAGUCUCCAACGACAUCGUUUCAACUCCAACGCUUCCCCUCUAUCUUACAGCCCCACCCAUGGAAGUCCGCUUAGAAGAGUUCGAGCUCUUCGCCAUAGAUCGCCUACGAGUUCUGAAAGGAGUCUCAGAUGGAUUAGCUCGUGGACGAAACCCUAAUGAAAUGGAUGAUCUUGUAGAUACUUUGUGGAAAGAACAUAUGAGACUUCCUGAUGUUUCAGAAAUGAUCAAUAAAGAUAUAAUUUCUCAUUUCGUACUACGUCUUGUUUAUUGUAGAUCGGAUGAAUUGAAGAAAUGGUUUCUUAGUAUGGAAACUGCUCUUUUCCGCCAUAGAUUCCGGAUUAAAAAGAUUGAAGAACAGAGAGCAAUUGUGGGAGAAUUUGGAUUACCUUAUAAAGCAGUCAUAGGGGCAGAACUUGAGAGUUUGAAGGAGAGGUUGGUGCUAGUUGCACGUUCACUUUGUCAAACUUCAUCUGAUGUUGAAAACAUAUACUACAAGGUUGGUGUUCCUCUUCUUUCGUAUUUGUUCAUAUACUACAAGCUACAAAUACAUUUAUCUGAGCAGUUGAUUCAUUUUCACCUGAAAAAGGUUCCUUUUGAAGAGGUUCCUGACCUUGUAGCUACCCGGAGAGUGUUAUUACAGAAAGGGUAUGCCUUUGUAGCUGGUAGUCAGUUGGUUUCCCUUGUUGUUACCCAAUUUCGAUCUCAUUUAUCAAAGGCCCUCAUUCUGACAAACAGGAAAUGGACAACUACCAUUCGAGAACGAGAAAAAGACAGACUAACUCCAAUAGUGGAAGCAUUAUCUACAAGCUACUUGGGUCCUGAUUAUACUCAGUCAAGUGAGUACGCUGACAUAUCACUGAAGGAUAUUGAUCAAGUUUCCAAGAGUUCCUUUCCCCUUUGUAUGAGACAUCUAUUUGAAAAACUUCGAGAAGAUCACCAUCUAAAACAUGGAGGAAGAAUGCAACUGGGUCUUUUCUUGAAGGGUGUAGGUCUGAAGUUGGAUGACGCCCUAGCAUUUUGGAGAGAAGAAUUCACAAAAAAGGUUGGCUCUGAAAGAUUUGAUAAAGAGUAUGCGUAUGCCAUUCGCCAUAACUAUGGGAAGGAAGGGAAGAGAACAGAUUAUACGCCUUAUGCUUGUUCAAAGAUCAUCACAUCGGCUCCUGGUGCUGGGGAUCAUCAUGGCUGUCCUUAUCGACAUUUCAGUGAGGAUAACCUGAAAGCAGCACUUAGUAGGAUGGGAUUGAGUUCUCGUGGGAUGGAAGACGUAAUGGACAAAGUGCGAAACAGACAUUAUCAGCUCGCAUGUACCUUAACCUUCGAAGCUGUUUAUGGUACAUCAUGUGAUACUGGGAUCAACCAUCCAAACCAAUACUUUGAGGAGAGUCAGAAGAUUUUGAAAUCUAAGAACCCAACUGCUCCGGUUUAAUCUUCCUAUGGUUCAAUGUAAACCAAAGCAUAUAUAUAAAGAAGCUAAGCAUAUCUACAUGCUUACUCUUGUUCCAACUUCCAAUAUUGUCUUAUUGUUGGAUGCUUUCAAUUUUGGAUCCGGAUUCUUAAUGCAUGCACUUGGAAAAAGCUGCGUCAUUAGGAUCUUGAUUUUGUAGGAAACGACAAAUACUAAUUAGGAGUGUCAGUUUAAAGUUAUGCACAUGUUUCUUUA